UCUUCCUCUGACAGAAUCAUCUUCCUCUGACAGAAUCAUCUUCCUCUGGACAGAGAAUCAUCUUCCUCUGACAGAAUCAUCUUCCUCUGACAGAAUCAUCUCUCACUUCUUCACCUGAGUGACAUCUUCAGACAUGGACACAUUGAUCCUCCUGCUUCUUCUGGGAGCACACGGCGCGACGGCAGUGACUCACUCUCUGAAGUAUUUCUACACUGGAUCCUCUCAAGUCCCAAACUUCCCUGAGUUUGUGACUGUUGGUUUGGUGGAUGAAGUUCAGAUGUUCCACUACGACAGCAACACAAUGAAAGCAGAACCCAGACAGGACUGGAUGUCAGAGGCAACAGAUGCACAGUACUGGGAGAGUCAGACUAGAGGCCUUUUGGGUCACCAGCAGAGCUUCAAAAACAACAUUGGUAUCGCAAAGCAGCGCUUCAACCAAACUGGAGGUGUCCACAUCGUCCAGAGGAUGUACGGCUGUGAAUGGGACAAUGAGACUGGAGAAGUUAAAGGUUAUGAUCAGCAUGGUUAUGAUGGAGAAGACUUCUUAGUAUUGGACCUGAAGACAGAGACGUGGAUCGCUCCAGUACAACAGGCUGUCAUCACCAAAAACAAGUGGAAUGCUGAUAAAGCUCAACUCACAUAUGAUAAGAACUACUACACUCAUUUGUGUCCUGACUGGCUGAAGAAGUACGUGAACUUUGGGGCGAGAUCUCUGCAGAGAACAGAGCUUCCCUCGGUGUCCCUCCUCCAGAAGUCUCCCUCGUCUCCAGUGUCCUGCCACGCCACAGGUUUCUACCCCAACAGUGCCAUGUUGCUCUGGAGGAAAGAUGGAGAGGACCUUCACGAGGACGUGGACCAUGGAGAGGUCCUGCCCAACCAUGACGGGACCUUCCAGAUGAGCACUGACCUGAAGGUGUCAUCGGUCGCUCCUGGGGACUGGGGGAAGUACCAAUGUGUGUUCCAGCUCUCUGGUGUGACGGAGGAUAUCGUCAGAGUACUGGACAAAGACGUGAUCCGGACCAACAGAGAGAAGCCCACUGACAUGACCACCAUCAUCAUCGUCAUCGUCGCAGUGGCUGUUCUUGCUCUCGCCAUCGCUGCCAUUGGAGUCUUCAUGUACAGAAGGAGCAACGCCAAACGCCCUCCAUCUCCUGUAAACAACGCAGGGGUCAUGGAGCAGCUGAAUCCAGAAGAAAAUGAAUGAUGAACCAACGUCCCUGAACGCUGUUUAUGGAAACGAUUUGCACUGGAACAAGGAUUCAUCAUUCUCAUCGUGAAUUGAUAGAGUCAGGGUCGAGUAUCAAGCAGCAGAUGCUCAUUGAUUGAAAUACAAAGAAUUGACAAAUAUCAAAAAUAAAUGGGGGCGCUGAAUAAUUUUGAUCAUUUAGUUAAAAAUAAGAAAUGCGGAAUUGCCUCAGAUUAAAUGUUUCCUUAAAUACCAGUCAAUCAGACAUCACAACACUGUUCACACAUACACAAGUAAUUUAAAGAUUUGCGGGAUCAUUUUAAACAAAAAUCCAAAUUAGUUUAAUUUUCCUGGUGUUGGGGCAUCCUUGUAAAAUCAUUCUAAAUAAUAAACAUAAAUACAUAGACACCCACAUUCUUUACAUGCAUUUUCCAUAUAUAUACUCCUGGGUGGAGUUUUCUAUAUGAUUUGUUCAGAGUAAGCCUUUUUCUCUGGUUCGUGUAUAAAAUCAAAGCAAAUCAUUCAAAUUCACGUGGUUGUAAAUGGUUUUCUCUCUGCGUUAUGACUGGUGAUGAUCUGUAAACCUUCUCUUGUCCAGAGAUGGACUUGUUGACACUUUCUCAGUUAAUGAAGAGUAUUUUGUUCUUUUUUUUGUUGCUCAUAAUAUCCAUGUUUUGGUUUGUUCUUAAACAUUAUAUUUUAAUUUUUGCUGUGAAGGGUUGUGGGGUGGUUUUAAGAUUCUCAGCACGCUGAUAUUAUUAAUAUUUCUUUCUCGUGUUUAGGGACAGGAUUUUUCUGUGGUAGCUUUGUAAACAUCUACACUGCGAAAAUGAAAAGGUUCAGUAAACUGAAAAUUUAAAAGCAGAUUUAUGAAUUCUGAGGCCAAUUAAAUCUGCUAUAUUUGAAAGAAACUCACCUACAGUUUUGCCGACUAAUGAUCUUUUGUUCUGAACCGUCAUAAAUAUAAAAUCUUAACGAACAUCAUUCACACACUGUCGGCACAGUCGCCAGGGGCAACUUGGGGUUCAGUGUCUUGCCCGAGGACACUUUGUCAUGCGGAGUGGAGCAGCCAGGGAUUGAACCACCGACCUUUCUGUUAGUGGACUACCAUCUUUACCCCUCUUAACCACAGCCGCGCCAAAUGUGCAAUGACCACAGAGCCAGAAUUUUCAUGUUAUAUUCCAUCAAAACACAUUCAGAAUGUCACAUUUCCGUUGAAGAGAGAUGAGAGGCGGCUUAGCUUGUAGCAGCCCCUGCAGAAAUGAUCAGUAGACCCCGUUCUUACCCUGCCUGGUCUCCACUCUGGUCAAAACGUAAACGUUUGUUUUUUGCCACCAUAAAUUAAAUAUUGAAGGCAACUUUAAAAAAAAAAAAAAAGAAACUUACUUUUAAAUCAUAAUAAGCCGAGCAACUUCAAGUUUUUGUUUUUACAGUGUAGAGAUUGAACAGCGAUGCUCAAAAUGAUUUCUUGUGUUGGGACAUAUAAAUGAAUGUUAAGUUAAGUUGCAUUGUUGUUUCAUUCCUUUUGUACUUCAUUCCUCUUGCUUUUCAAUAAAGUCCCUGAUAAUCCAAA